CUCCUAAAGUUUCUCUUCGAUGUCACCUGAAAUUUGUGAGAUUGGUCCCCUCCGACUGUUCCUUUUCUGAGGCGGAAGACCCUCGAAUUCUCUUCAUGCAGUGGGGACAUCGACUACAUAUGCACGUAUAGCUGCACCUGUCCUUCGCAAUUGCUCCUGGAAUUCACCGAGAGAGAAUAACAAUGGCGGUAAAUCCCCAGUUGUUUCAGAAUGGCAUGCCUGUUCCCUUUACUAACGAAUUGUUCGUGCUUGCUCGAGAAGCCGUGGAUUUCGAAGUAGACAAGAUUCCCGAAGCUCCUGGUGGUAAAGUUUACACAAAAGGGACAAUAUAUUUGUCAAAUGUUCGAAUGGUGUUUGUUGCAUAUAAGCCUGUUGGGCCCUUUGUGGCUUUUGACCUACCCUUGCUUUACAUCCAUGGGGAGAAGUUCAAUCAGCCAAUAUUUUUUUGCAACAAUAUCUCUGGAAAAGUGGACCCGGUAAUACCUGAGGAUGCAAAUAGAGCACUCUUCUCUACGCAUACUUUCAAAAUCAUUUUCAAGGAAGGUGGCUGUGGGACUUUUGUACCUUUGUUUUUCAAUCUGAUCCGCUCUGUUAGACAGUACAGUCAAAUGUCAGUUUCUGCUGCAGAUGCAGCACAUAGAGCUGAUCCUUUACAAGCUGGACAACCUCCAGUUGACGAGAUGAUGAGAUGCGCUUUCGUGGAUCCAAAUGAUCCGACUAGGAUCUUCUUGCAGCAGCCAAAACCAGAAUCACAACUGAGGCGGCGUACUUACCACUCACAGGCAACAUAAAAUUCCAUUUGAACUGUUGUGUUAGAAACUCUGAAUAUUGAGAAACGUGUAGACAUGGUGGGUUAAGGUUAUUAUUGCCUCAGCAUCAUAUCAGCAAAGUAAAUAGUGAGAUUUCAUUUAUAGUUUAUUCAAAAAAUAAAUUUUGCUUUCUUCUUGUGAAAGCAAAGCCAAAUUGUCUAUAUUGUUGCUAUGAGUGUCAUCUUCUUGUGUAUAUCUAUGUGGAGAGACGUAUGGUUUUCUUUCUGUUAUAUAUUGUCACAAUACUGGUUUUAAUUUUUAUGCUUAAUGUUAAUAUAUGAUAUUGUGCAAGCCUAUUUACAACAAAAUAAUGCUACAGUUUAGAGUUUUAUGGAAGGCAAUUUAGGCCUCAUAUUGUCAUUAACAUUUUCUGAGUGUGAUGAUCCUUUUAUGGAAUGUUGAAUUCGGAGAUUGCACAGC